CGGGGCGGGGCGUGGCCCGGGCGGCUGUUCCCAUUCGGCCGAUGGCUUGGAGGGCGCUGCGGAGGCUUCGGGUGCUCAGAAUGGGGAACAAUGCAUCUGCUGCUAAAGCGAUAUCUAAUACUGCUAUAACAAACCAAAUACAAGAUGCUAUAUCAGAUAAUUGUGUUGUGAUCUUCUCAAAAAGCAGUUGUUCCUACUGCAAAAUGGCCAAGAGACUAUUUCAAGAAAUGAAUGUCAAUUAUAAAGCCAUAGAACUUGAUAGAUAUGAAAAUGGAAGUCAGUUUCAAGAUAUUCUUCAUCAAAUGACGGGCAGCCGGACAGUUCCCAGAAUAUUUAUCAAUGGAAACUUUGUCGGAGGUGCUACAGAUACUCAGCAACUUCACAGGGAAGGUAAACUCCUUCCAUUAGUUCACCAAUGCCAGAUCCAGAGAGAGAGAAACUCAGUACAUUCAUACUGAGUUUUCCUUGAUUUUUUUGAAUAAAAUAAACCCAAAUUUCACUUUACCGACAUACCUGUACAAAAAUGCUUCAACAACUUUGAAUUGUCCCAAAAUAUAUUGGCUAAUUUUAGUAAAUAUUCAGGUUGCAACCACACAGGGAUUCCUGGGAGAAAACCUAGCCACACAAAUAAACCUUGUUACAUUAAGUCAGUUCCAAGUCUUUAAGAGUUAUGCCACCUGCACUCAAACCCGGAGCAAUACUCCCAGGAUGAGUUUGGGAGACGUAUGAGCACCUGCACAAUAUUCAGCUGCCGUCCAUAAGGAUUUGCUCAUUGUUUGCGGUUUCUGCAACUCCGUACUAAACUUUAUAGCUCUCUUGUCUCUGCAUGCUGCCUUUCUCUCAAGAAACUGGACACUGGCAAGUUUGGUGUAUCAAACAGAAAAAAAUGGAAGAGAGACUUGAACCAACACAAAAUCAGCAGACGGAGGGCUGGAAAUAAGAUACUGGGAGCAGUCAUUGGCAAAGGAGAAACUGAACUCAGCUUAAUUCUUCUCUUCAACAUAUCUCCUCAUCAUUUGCUUCCUACACCUUGGAGCUUGAACUUCUGGUUAGUCCCAGCACACGAAUCUUUAUGCAGUCCAAUAGAAAGAAGGCUUUUGCCUCUCUCUAAAGUUAUAUAGAAAGGUAAUGCCAGCACAUUGGCAAAACGUAGCUCUGGAGAAAGCAGAGAAUAUAGAUUGAAUAAGCCAUAUAUAUAUAUAUAGACUAGUUUUAUAUAUGCUGAAGUUCUACUUCAAUUGUACUUCUACUUCGCUUGAACCAGUGGUGGGUUGCAAAUCCUUCCAACCGAAACAGUUGGAAUGGGGCUGGCGACGUCCUCAUGGACGUGUGCAAUGCAUGCACACAAGUGCGCAUGCAUCUUGGCGCCUCCGCAAUGCUCCAGCUGCUCCAUGGAGUGUCGCGCAGGUGCUGUAUGCGCCAUGUCCCUGUGCAGAAGCGCAGAAGCUUUUUAAACACCGGGAAAGAGCUCGGGCGGGCGGGUGGGCCCUCUGGAGCACCAUACCGGAAUGGUAUCCAGUGUUCCGGGCUGCCUCCGGUACGCCAGUACCAGGGUGUAUCGCCUGCAACCCACCACUGGCUUGAACCUACGUGUAUACAACUGUAGUUUUUACUGUCGGCCUUCCUAGUCUUUUGCUUAGCAAGUACAAUUUGGUAAAAUCCAUGUUCAUUCUCAGUUAAAGCACCAUCACUGCCCCUUUCCCAGUUUAAAUAUGUCCAAGCUAAUCUAUCCUUGCCUGAUUAAUAUUGUGGUUUAUUUAGGCAGUGUGUCAGAAUCGCCCUUUUAACAACACGUAACAUGAAGGAUUUUUUGGAAUUAGGUAUCUAAUUCUAAUUAGGUAGAAAGGACCCCAUUAGCUAUAUGUAGCAGAUGCUAGUAAAUGAUUUACAGAUGGGUGAAUAUUUUCAAAAAUGUUGUCUGAAGUGACGGGCAUUUUUUGUGAGAUAUUUAUAUGUCUAGAUUGCUAGAUGACACAUUUCAUUAUCAAAACUGCUUGAAAAUGCAACCUCUGUGUGGCUUGCAAUUGAAGUUUAUAAAGUAGAACUUUAUGGGUAUAUGACAAAAACAGAUUGUGACUUAAUGAAUGUUCUUUCUCUUUGUGUAAUAUAUUUGCAUUAAACAGUACCAAAUAUUUUUCAGGAUUUUACAUUCAUGUGUUACGAUUAACUGCAUUAUAAGCUGCAUGCUCAUGUUCCAAAGAAUGUGGUGUUUUCUUUUUAUUUUCACUUUUCAAGUAUUGUAUCCUAAAACAGAUUUACAAAUUAAAAAACAAUGAUGGAUAUAAGGGAUAGUACUUUAAUGGCCAAAUUAACAUUUAAUUAAAGAGAAUACAUCUAACUUUGUUUAUAUCUAUAAACCAUGUCUGGAUUUUGUGCUGAGAUUAAAAAAAAUUUUUUGGGAUGUAUUGAUUAGGCAAUUUUUUUAAAUAGAAGAGUGAUGAGACAUAGAAAGCUCACAACCUACCUAUCCAUCCAUCCAUCCAUAUAUAUCCACCCAAAGCAAUUAAAUGCUGAAGAACUUAGAAGCAAAUGCUGAGAACAAAAGCAUCCAUGUGAAAUUGAAGCACACAUACAGCAUUCAUAGAACUUCAGUUCCAGCUCACCUUUUUAACCACACAUUACACUAGUAAAUAAUGAUUGUGGCAUCAUUAAGGGUAAUUUAAAUGAUGAGGUAUAUAGAAUUUAUUUUGCACUUGUUCUACAAAGCAUAAAACAGAAAUAUUUCAUUUACACUUGUUUCUGAAAACAAUCACUCAAAACAAUGGUAAUCAACAAACCCCAUCUUCUCUAAUGAUGUUUAUUAAUAAAGAGAUUGUUUUCUUAGUUAAAAACUUGCUACUCUUUAAACAAAAACCCAAGACUGUUUAUUUUAAAAUGAAAAUCACAUAUCAAAUAUUCAAUGUUUAUUGUAACAUUUUGGCAGUAAAGGCAUUGUUUUGCUUUUUAAAAAAUAUGCAAUUAUGAGCCUCAGAAGAAUAUGAUUCUAAUGGGAAGAACAUAGAUUGAAUCCUUUUUCUUCUAAUAAUGUUUUCCAUACAGUCACUCAUUAAAAUUCUGAUACCCAAGGGUAAAAAGAACAGAAGUGAAAGAGUAGAAAGAAUAUUGUGAUCUGGACCAAAAUAUCAUCUGGUAAUUCAAACAAUCCUUUAAUUGUCAAAUUAUUCUCAGGGCUGUACUGUAUCUAGGUCACAUUGCUCCCACAAAUUACCUGCUUUUGCCCUUUGGAGUCAUAAACAGCAUCUUGCAACUGGUUAUACAAGCCAAACAUUGAAAUUUAUUUCCAUUGUACAAGUUUAAAGAAGGAAGUUAAUUAGCUGACUGGCAUUCUUUUUAUUUUAAAAGGUAUGUCUUUAAUAUACAAAAAUUCAUAGACAAUUGCAUAUCUGCAUUAUUUCUUAAUAUCAGAAUUAAGUUUUGCAAAAUUCUUUGUAAAGUAAUUUU